GUGUGUGUGUGUGGAUGCUGACAGCUUGUUGUGUAAUCUAAAUGAGUGGGCACAUGUUUUUAUGAUCGCAAAGUAGGCUAGUGGGUCUUAUCCUGGCUUAAUGCUUAAGCCUGACUCCAGCAGAAAUCUACUCAACACGUAUAUUUGACCUUGGUUGCCUGUCCUUUCUUCUUUGAAUCAAGAGGGAUCUGAAAAUGAUCAGGAAAAAGAACAGCUUUGAAGUGCAACUGCACCAACUGCGAGAAGAGCGGCUAUGAGUGCGAGACUGACGGGGCCUGCAUGGCCUCCACCUCCUACAUUAAGGGCCAGAAGCAGCACGUGCGCAUCUGCAUCCCCCGUGAGAGCCUCAUCCCGCCGGGGCAGCCCAUCUACUGCCUGAGCGCCGAGGGCGUGCUCAACACACACUGCUGCUACACUGACUACUGCAACAGCGUCGACCUGCAGGUGCCCAGCGGGGUUCUUGACAGCAAUAGCUGGCGUCCAGUGGAGCUGGCAGCUGUGAUUGCUGGUCCCGUCUUCCUUGUCUGCUUGGUGCUGAUUGUGGGCGUGCUCCUGUUCCAGUACCACCAGAGGGCAUACAACCACCGGCAGCGGCUGGACGUGGAGGACCCGUCCUGUGACCACCUGUACCUGGCCAAGGACAAGACCCUGCAGGACCUCAUCUUCGACCUGUCCACCUCCGGCUCCGGCUCCGGUCUGCCCUUGUUUGUGCAGAGGACGGUGGCGCGCACCAUUGUGCUGCAGGAGAUCAUCGGGAAAGGGCGCUUCGGGGAGGUGUGGAGGGGCAGGUGGCGAGGGGGCGACGUGGCCGUGAAGAUCUUCUCCUCCCGGGAGGAACGCUCCUGGUUCCGCGAAGCCGAGAUCUACCAGACCAUCAUGCUGCGGCACGAGAACAUCCUGGGCUUCAUUGCCGCGGACAACAAAGACAACGGCACGUGGACCCAGCUGUGGCUCGUGUCAGACUAUCAUGAGCACGGCUCUCUGUUUGACUACCUGAACCACUACUCCGUCACCAUCGAGGGCAUGAUCAAGAUAGCGCUGUCAGCCGCCAGUGGACUUGCACACCUGCACAUGGAGAUCCUUGGGACACAGGGUAAGCCUGGAAUUGCCCACCGAGACCUCAAGUCUAAAAACAUCCUGGUUAAGAAGAACGGCACAUGUGCUAUAGCUGACCUGGGUCUGGCCGUGCGCCACGAGUCCGCCACUGACACUAUCGAUAUCGCCCCCAAUCAGAGGGUGGGCACUAAGAGAUAUAUGGCCCCAGAGGUACUGGAUGAAACGAUCAACAUGAAACACUUUGAUUCCUUUAAGUGUGCGGAUAUAUAUGCUUUAGGACUGGUGUACUGGGAGAUAGCACGGCGAUGUAAUGCUGGAGGUGUUCAUGAAGAGUACCAGCUGCCCUACUAUGACCUGGUGCCCUCUGACCCCUCCAUAGAGGAGAUGAGGAAGGUGGUGUGUGACCAGAGAUUACGGCCCAACGUACCCAACUGGUGGCAGAGCUACGAGGCCCUGCGAGUAAUGGGGAAGAUCAUGCGCGAGUGCUGGUACGCUAACGGCGCAGCCAGACUCACGGCCCUCCGCAUCAAGAAGACUCUCUCUCAGCUUAGCGUGGAGGAGGAUGUUAAGAUCUGAGGCGCAUGUGUUUGGGCCACAGUGGCCCCGCCCACGGCGACGCACAACUGGAGAGUGGAAAAGACUUCACAAAGAAGUGACCUGCCAGUAACAGCCACAGUUUUAAUGUUUUUAAAGUUGUUACAAGGACUACCUCACCUUUUUAGCCAAAACUACUGAGGCCACCUCAGCCAUCCUUCCACUGGCUCCCGAACUGAACCCCCGCCUUCCUGUCCAACUGGGCCUGCCUCCUCUGCAGGCUCCGCCUCUGUCUCCUGUCCUCAGCACCACUCCAUGGUCUUCUUAUUCUUCAUUUGUUAGGCAGGAAUUAUUAACAAAAACUGUGAUGGUUUACUUUUUUUUCCCUCAUCGCCCCAGUGUCUUGCCCUUAAAAAUGGACUUGGCCACGCUGACUGCUCAGAUGAGCACGGCUGUAUGUACGUCGUGUUGCACCGCUGCCGCUCUAUUGUGAUUGGAGGGGCCGUGAGACUGCCCACAAGGUGCCAGGCCGCUGCCAGGAGCGCCAUGUCCCGCUGUUAAAUGCAGGACGUUUGAUACUGUGCAGGAGUUAAAUGUGAACGUCUGGUAGGUGAGAAACUCAGUCAUCAAGGCUUGUUUAUUUACGUGAUUCACUAUACACACACAGAUACUGUACAAAAGGCAUGUUGGAAGCGUUAAGCUUUACGUGCAGUCAGCUUGUUUUGACUGGGGAUGUGCUGCUGCCCCACUCCCCAAACCCAGUUAUUUAUUUAGGUGUGAGAUGAGAGCUUGUCCAGGUUAAAACCAUUAAUGAUUUGAGAAUGAGACUCGUGAGAACAUACCUGUGGUCUCAUUCGGUGCCAUGACUAACCCUGAGAGCAUGGCCAGAGAUGUAGCAUCAUAGUCUUUUGUAUGCUGCGUUUCCCUUUAGCUACUUCUGUUUUUGUUUUAUUUUUUUAUACAGUCAGGAAAAAAAAACAAGGUAUGCCCAGGUGGUCCUGGUUUAGUUUGGAUGUUGUUGGACGAACUGCACUACGAUUUUACAAAGGUUUUAAUGCUCUGUUUGCUUUGAGGGGAGGUGGAGGAUAUUUGUACCAUAUCUGUAAGCGUCCUGUAAAUGGUUCAUAUAAAAUAGUGUAUCUCUCACUCUCUCUCUACCUGCUUAUUUGUAAGGUAACAUUUAAUCCACAACUUUCUAUGAUCUGUUUUUAUCAUAGAUUUUACUAGAAGGUGCUGAAUAGUCACCCUUCUGCCGUUCCUUUGAGUGGGACAGGAGGGACCGGCCUUCCACAGCCGUGAGGUGCUUGUUCUGAUCUGCACUUUAUACCAACCUGAAUAACGUCACAGAUCAGCGUCCGUCACACUCCUAUCACCAAAUGAUGGUCCCUAAGGAAUGUAUAAAAUUUAAAAAAAAAUGACGAACGCACACGAUAGGAGCGUUAGCUUGUCGAGUUCCGGGUGCGGGUGGACUUCGGUGUUUUGGUUCCACCAGGGAGUACCGAAGCCCAACCAAGAUACACAGUGGCUCUGUAGCAGUGCAUUUAGCUAAUGGAUGUCUGUAUUCUGGAAGUCAUAUUGUGCUACUGAGUAUAGCUGGAAACAGAUGACCAUUGCUGAUGACAAAAGCAUGCUUAGAUCUCUAGAGAAUGUGACUGUCCAUGUUUUUACUAAAUGUGCUCUGUCGAACACUGAGGGCUUGAUCUUGACCCACAUAAGGAAAACUAGUAUCACCUUUUAUUUAUGUAUUGUGUUUUUCACAUCUUUUUGCCUUUGUGUGUGGAACAUGCAGAAUACUCUUACAGCUAAUGUCUAAGGAGUGGGAGGGAUGUUGGAACAAUGUUGGUCAGACCACCUACUGGAUGAACCACACUGGUGUGUAGACCAAACAGCCAACCUAACUGUCCACGUUUGGUGUGUCCGUAUGCUGUUCAAACAAUCUGCAACCAUAAAUAAUUCUGAAUGCAUAUCUUUGGGGGAUUAAUUGAAAUUGUACAUAAAUUAUACAUUUUGCUUUCUUA